UAGGAGGUGUUUUAGCUCACCUCUCAAGCUCUUACUCGUUCUGUCUCGUUAUCUUCUUUCCAGUUCUCCUUAGCCUUCAUUUACUUCUUGUUCUCUCGUCCCACUGUAUCAUCAGAGAAAGCAGCCAUGAAUCAGAAGGUUGUACUGAUCACUGGUUGUUCUUCUGGCAUUGGAUUGGCACUUGCUGUUCGUCUUGCCAAAGAUGAGAAAAAGAGGUUUAUGGUGUAUGCGACUAUGAGGAACCUGGCUGAACGUGAAGCUCUGGAGAAGGCAGCAGGUCGUACUUUGGGCAGCACACUGGAGAUCAAGCAGCUCGACGUCUGUGAUGAGAAUUCUAUCAAAGCCUGUGUGGACAGCCUGCCCAUGCGCAGAGUUGAUAUUCUCGUUAGAAAUGCUGAAAUGGGAAUGAUUGGCCCCAUUGAAUGUCAGACCAUUGAUGAGAUGAAAUCUAUCAUGGACACUAACUUCUUUGGGCUUGUGCGACUCUUGAAGGAGAUUCUGCCUGAUAUGAAGAAGAGAAAAAGUGGCCACAUAGUGGUAAUCAGCAGUGUAAUGGGGAUUCAGGGUAUAUUGUUUAAUGACAUUUAUGCUGCUUCCAAGUUCGCUGUUGAAGGGUUCUGUGAGAGUCUGGCAGUUCAAGCUCUGAGAUUCAAUCUGAAUAUCAGCCUCAUUGAACCAGGACCCGUCAUCACAGAGUUUGAUCAUAAGGUGUAUGAGGAAGGCUUGAAGAUAGACCUCUCCAAAGCUGAUAAAGUGACAGCAGAUAUGUUUACCAACAUCUACUCAAAGAAUUACAACCAGAUAUUCCAGAGUCUUGGACAAACUCCAGAGGAUGUUGCAGAGCACACAUUCAAAAUUAUUACCAUGGUCAACCCACCAUUUCGUCAUCAGACUAACCUUUCGUACACACCC